AUGAUAAGCCACUCUUGGAAGAAAUUCCUUUCCUCGUGCGAGGGAGUGGCGGUGCUGGGCACGCUCACCCGCCUUGCAAACACGUACACAGCCCUGUGCACACGCACGGGUGCGCACCGCGUCCCGGCGCCGGCAGCGUUCCCUCGGGGGGACCCAGCCUGGAGACACUGGAGAUCCGUGGCCAAGAGUUCUGCAGGAGGAAGGCGGUGGUGGGGAGCAGAGCAAGGGGCCCCGCGCAGGCCCCGCGGAGGAGCAGGUCAAGAGUGUGACUCCUGCUGCCCCCGCUCGCCCAUGCUCCUGCCCCGCUGGGACCACCUGCAGCGCACCGCAGCUGAGCGCCAGGGAAAAUGGUGGCGAGAGAAGACCAUGGCCUCAGGUAAGGCUGGGGCAUCGGAGCCAAGCAACCCCACUAUGAAGGCAGCAGAAGGCUUGCCAGACACCUCCUUGGUGCUGCUGGCUGUCGGGGAGGGCUUUCCGCCAGAGAUUUCGCUCUUCUUCUCUGUUGAGAGCCGCUCCUCCCGGUGCCUCAAUUCCCAGCUCCAGGAAGCAGCCAGAAAGAAGAUGUGGGCCCUGGAGAGUGACAACAGAGAUGUCUGUGCCCUGUUCAAGGAGCUGUCAGCCAGGCUGGUCUGUAUGCAGGCACAGGAGGAUCGGUUCAUCCUCACCUUCAAAACCCUAGAAGAAGUCUGGAAGUUUUCCACGUAUCUGACUUUAGGGUAUGUGGGCAGCUGCCUGGAGCAGCUUCUCUUUGACCAGGAGUGCUGGCUGAACUGUGCUCUGAUGGAGGACACAGAGAUCAGAGUCACUGUGGAUGAAGAUCGCUUGGCCACCAUAUAUAUGGGUCUGCUACUCCAGGAAGGUAACUUCUUUUCCAGGGCAGUGCCCGGUGUCUGGCAGCAGGAACAGGAGGGAGAGGAAGGCCUGCAGCUCUGCAAGAAUGAGCUGAUCCAUGUGAAGAAUGUUGGAGAGGAGUCCAAGUGGGAAGGGAUGUCUUUACUGACAGGUCAACGAGGCCUGGUUCCUGUGACAGCUCUAGAGCCAAUACCUGACCCAUUUUACCAGUGGUUCCUGAAGAACUAUGCUGUGAAUUUUUGCAUCUCCCGGGAGAUCAGUGGGACAACCUCUCAGCCAAUUGUCAAAGGCAGGUGCACAGCCACAGAGGACCACAGAGGAGCUGCAUGGGAUGAACUGAGUUUCUCCAAAGGAGACAGCAUAGAAGUCAUUGGCUUCUUCAUUCCAGGACUCCCAUGGUUUGUGGGCAAAUCCAUCAGCAGUGGGAGCAUCGGCUUUGUCUCAACCCAAUACAUAAGUCCCGAGGCUUGUGAACCUCUGGGAAAAGGCUUGGUGUUUCUGAGUGAAGAAGAAAAAUCCCCUUUCCUACACAUCCCCUGCAAUGGUGGCGAACAGCACUUCACCACUCUCCUCAGUGACUUGGCACGCACUGACAUCACCUCUGUGUACCGGCUGGAUGGUUUUGAACCUACAGCCAUGUUCCCAAAAGUGCCAUCAGAGGCUGUUCUCCGUGGCUGUAAAGAUAUCCGGCUGUCCCACUCUUGGGAGGAAAUAAAUGACUUGGCUACAACUAGCACCUCUGAGCUGUCUAGCCCAGGGAGUGAAUCAGCCCCUGCUAUGUUGGAAGAUGUCUUCCUGGAGAAGUUGGAUGAUUUUGAUGAUCCCAAGUUCUUUAUUGACCUGAAUGCUGGACACAUGGAAGAUGCUGAUGUCUUUGACCCCAUAUUAACCUUUCUUAAUCAAGACAGUUAUGUGCCCAGUUUUCAAAGCCUCUAUGAUCUCAGUUUUUCUUUUCUCAACUCCACUUUUUAUGGUUUCUCUGACGAGGAUGAACUGGUCUUGUACCUUGAGAUGUCCAGGAACUGGGCCAAGAGGACUCAUUCAGUUUGGGCUCAUGUCAGGCUCUGUUUCCUCUUGGGUAAACUCUGCAUUAAAAAGGUCAAGUUCUCCCAGGCUCGAGUCUACUUUGAGGAAGCCAUGAGCAUCCUGGACAGGGGUUUUGGGGACCUGCCCCUGUUGACUGCAUUACAUGUGAACCUUGCCUCCAUCUACUUGAAACAGAACAUGAAGCACAAGUUCUCCUCCCUGCUGGGAAAAACAGUGGCCUUGCUUGUCUGCUUGCCUGGCCGCUCUUUCAGCUCUGAGAAUGAACUGGAAGUCAUGAUGUAUGUCCUGAGGGAAGCCAUCGCUGUGGGUAAUGCUCUCUUGGAGGCACGGGUCUGCUUCCUUAUUGUCAAGCUCUUCCUACAACUUGGCAGAAAUGAUGAAGUACUGCCCUUUACCGAGCAUCUUCAAUGUCUCACCACCACUUUACUCAGCCCAGACACUAGUUCCAUGCCACUGGAUGCCACCCCCAUCUUGAGCUACCUGUAUGACAAGAAGUACUUGCCAAAUAUUGCUCUCGCCUCUGCCAGGUUGUUUGUUCCCAGUGGCAUCAAAGGGUCACUGACACCCGUUUGGAGAGCUGGCUUCAUCCUCCAAAAUACUUCCAAACUCCUGGGAAGCCAACUGGAGAGGAGCAGCAUCCCAGCACUGGCUUGUUUCUAUCUCAAGCAAGCACUGCAUUUCUCCUGUGAGACCAGAGCUGUGCCCAUCCAGAGGAUGCUGUGUGCCAUCUUGUCCAGGAUGUACCUCCAGCACGGCGUGUUGGAUGGGGCAGUUCGUUAUGCAGCCAUGGCUGUAACCCUCAGCAGACUGAUCGGCGAGGAGGAGGCUUUCGAGUCUUCUCUCUCUUUGGGGUGGAUGUAUCUCCUGCACAGCCAGCCGGGCCCAGCUGCAGACAUCAUGUGGCAGCUCUUGCGCUCUCUGCAUGGGACAGACAGUAUGACUCAGGGGGGAGCUGUGCACAAUCUCCUGGCCAUUGCCCUCAAAGGAGAAGGGCAGGUGCAAAAGGCUGCAGAGAACUACCUCUGGGCCCUGCACAAAGCCAAGGAAACUGGGAACAAGAGGAACCAGGCUAUUGCCCUGGCUAACUUGGGGCAGCUGAGCCUUUCACGUGGGGCAUGUCAGCUCUCUGAGCUCUACCUGCUCCAGUCGGCUCAGCUCUAUGCUGAGCUCCAGGGCAGCGAAGACCUGGAGAUGGAGUUGGUGCGAGUGCUGCUGUGGCUAGCGCAGGCCAUGGUGAACAGGCAGAGGAUGGAAGAUGCCAAGCUUUGUUAUGAAUUGGCGUUGGUUUUUGCCCUGAAGUGGCAUAACGUGAGGAGUCAGCUUCACAUCAUUGAGUCUCUCUGCCAUUUCUACAGCAAAGUGUCUCCCAGUCUCCAGGCCUGCAUCACCUACCAUGAGCAGUGGGUAUCUCUGGCACAACAGCUGCAGGACAGGGAGCUGGAAGGCAAUGUCCAGCAGACCCUCAGCCAGCUCUACCAGGCUUUGGGCACAUCUGGAGCUUUGAGACAGUCCCUGGACUGCACCAAACAGAGUCUAAGGAUCUUCAUCGACCUUGAGGAGACUGUGAAAGCUGCAGAGGCCUGGCUGCAGGCGGGAAGGCUCUAUUAUCUUAUGCAGGAAGAUGAGCUGGUGGAAAUGUAUUUUCAGGCAGCCGUUCAGACUGCUCUGAAAUGGGAGAACUUCUCCUUGGCCAUGGAUCUUUAUGAAAAAGCAGGUGAUACCUUUUUUAAUGGCAGCCGAAACAGAGAUCGAGCGGUGGAGUUUUAUAGGGGAGGUGCUGUGCCCUUGGCCAGGAAACUACAGGAUACUAAGACAGAGCUACGGCUGUUCAAUAAGCUGGCAGAGCUGCAGAUCGGUCUGCAGGGCUACGAGAAGGCGCUGGAGUUUGCCACGCUGGCAGCUAGACUGAGCAUCAGGGUCGGAGAUCAAUUGCAAGAGCUGGUUGCAUUCCACCGCCUGGCUACAGUCUACUAUUUUCUGCAUAUGUAUGAGAUGGCAGAAGAUUGCUACCUGAAGACGCUUGCCCUGCGUCCCCCCUUGUUGCAGUGCUCUGGAGAGGCCCUGUACUACUGCAAGGUGUAUUGCCACCUUGGCAACUUGACCCUGCACAAACUGAAGGAUGAACAGGAUGCAGCAGCCUACUUCCUCCUGGCCCUCGCCGCAGCAACUGAGCUGGGAGACCAGAAGCUGCAAGAUCUCAUUUAUACCAAGCUGGGUGACAUCCCCAGUGCCCCACGGGUGCUCGAGGGCACACCGGGCUCUGCCACACACCGGCCCAGAUGGCUGACUGAAGGUGGCCAUGUCGUCUGACCAACCUGCCACCCUGGGGACUCCGCUAUGAGCCAUCAACCAGCGCUGUGCCAUGCCAGUGGCAUGGGUCCAUGUGCUCCCCACAACAGCCAGUCCAGGAGAGGUCCUGAGCCACAUCCUAAGUAGCUGGCAGCAUGUGGGCUUCUUGUCCCCUACAGGCAAGGGACCAAGUACCCUCAUUUUUCAGGAGAAGGGCUGUGCAUCACAGUCCAGGCAGCACAUUGAGGCUGGGUGUCUGGCCAGGAUGAGGUCCCUGCAGUGGUGCUGGAGUGUACGGUGCAGCAGGGCUGAGAAAGAUGGCAUUUCAGGAGUGCAGCUGCCCUGCCUGCGACAGGGACAGGGAGGGCUUCCUUGUGCCUGCCUGUCCCCCCAGCUGCCCCACACAUGUCAGUUCCCAUGGGGCAGCUCAGCCUGACCCAGAUGUCUUUUAACUUGAAUAGCAACUCCUUUAUUUAUUUCUAUCUGGUUUUUGUUCUGUCUGCUCUGUAGAGGUCUGUGACCCAUACCUCUGUAGAGCCUGGGGCCCCUUUAGUACAAGGGACAACCAAAGCUUUUUGGCAGUGAGAGGCAGAAUUAGUGAAAGGAGAAAAAUGAAAAGGGCUGGUCAAGUCUCACAUGGGAACAAGCCCUGUAUGCAGGUGGGCAGCAGCUCAGGGGGGAGGCAGAGCCCACCCCCACCCCAGGCCUGCCAUUCAGUCCCAGCUCUUGCACUGGAGCAGCCAGGGUGGCCUCUGCUGCCCGUGUGGACUUUCAGCAUCUAAAGCAUGAGCAUAAAGCUUUGCAGCCCAGCACCCUUCCCAGCCUCUCUUUCUCCAGGCUGCAGAGCCCCGUGGGACACAGGAGCGCCAGGGAGCGGACGGUGAGGAUGGGGACACUGUGCAGUGGCACACAUCCAGCCCCCCAGACAGGGGUGCUGAUGGGGAGCAGGGGGACUUUCAGUGGGGAGAGGCAGCUGCCUUUGCAUGGACCAUUGGCAGUCAAAGAAGUAGGCUGCCCAGCAGACAGCAAGCUGCCUUCAAGUGUCCUGAGCUACAUGGCUGGAGCGAGCAGGGGGAGCGGGAGGCACGGAGGAGGCUUCUCCUGAGAGCUGCCGCCCAGCACCGGGAGCAGCACGCAGCUCUCCUCCCCAGCCCAUCUCACCACCAGAGAGCAAUAAAUGCCCACAUUUGCAGCCUCACACAGGCGAGUGAUAAUAAUACCAGCCUCGGUUUUCAGUCUGGACUGGUUCAAAGUGAAGAAUGAACAACUUUUUCCAGCUCAUCUCUUUGCUCUGACAACCAGUGGCCAGCCACCCAGCUGGGGCUUCACAGAGAGACCCUGUUCCAAGUCCUUCCACCUCCCUGACAUGCUCCACUGCUUGGACAUACUCAAUGCAGAACAUUUAUGUCCUUGCUGCUCUUCGCAAACGCUGAGUUCAUUUUCCCCUUCUAAUCCAUGCAAGGCAUCCAUCAUCGGAGCAAUACUUUACUGCUUGUUUACUGAACAUUCCUGCAAUGCCAUUAGGGUAGCCUCAGCCCUGAGCUCAGAGGAGGUAAAUCUUAAUCUCAUUUGAAAUACAGCAAGCUCAGAGGACAACUGGUCCCCCAAACCUUCCUGCCUCAUUCGAUGGGGCUGCCUGUUCUCAGUUCAGGUGGCUGGUGCUCACCGUGCUAUGGCAGAAUCUUUUCAGCAGUUUUUCAGUUCAGUUUCUCUUUUAUUUUCAUACAUGGGGAAAAGCACAGUCUCUUAUCUGUGUGCCAGAAGGCAGGUCAAUGACUGGAUAUCAGGCUAUCAAGGAGAGGGAAGAGAAGGAAGCUUUGAUGGCUCUGAAAGACCUGAGGGUCUGCGUGAUGCAGAAGUGUCCUGCCCUGGCACCAAGAUCUGCACCCAUCUCUCCUGCUGUGCCCAGCACCUCGCUUAGUGGUGAUCUCCAACCCCACAAUAGCUUUCCUGCAGCAGCUGCUUCACCCAGACUGCCUGGUCCUUGUGGUGCUAUGGUGCUGUGAAGAGCCUUUUCACCUGGGGGUGGGGAUGUGGGUGGCUGGACCUCUAUCUGUACUAGAGCCCCUAGACCAGUGGCCAGUGGCUGUUGCAGUUCUUGUCAAAGUUAUGCCCAGUGGAGGAUGAAUCAUGCAGAGAGUAUCCCCGCUAAAAUAUCCUUUCUAGAGCCAAACCCGAGGCUGUUCCGCCUAACACCAGUGAGAAAAAAAUGAUUUGUUUGAACAUAGAGGGUCAGUGUCUCAGCUGUUCUAAAUCAGCUAAGCUCCAUGAAGUCAAACAGAGAUGUUCUGAUUUUCAAGGACUGUGGAUCUGGCCCAUGGUUUUUAACCAAAUGUGUCCCCAUUAAAUCACAACAAACAAAUUUGUGGUGGUUGGUGGGGAGAAGAGACUUGCUCCUUGAGAACAUCCUAUAAAACAUCAUUUCUCCUCUCCCUCAUCUGCCUGCUUGCCCGCCCACUCCCACAUGUUGUGACAAAGCUGGGAUGUUUUCCUAGUGGGAUGAGAGGUCAGGGUGGCCAGGGCUAAUUAAGCUCCAUAAUAAUACUUGGAAAUAAAGUGAAAUUUAAAUCAGCCAGUCAUGCGUACCGGCUUCUGGUCGUGUGCCCAUGGCAGGGUGAGGAUACUGUGUCCCUCCAGCCACCAGUGUGGUUUCAUGGGCAAAGAAACAGAUACUUUGGGGAUUUUGUGCCAGAGAUCACCAGGUGAUGGCUCAGGUCCUGGGGCAGCCAGGUUGGGGGUUAUCAUCCUCCACCCAUUCUUGGGUGGGGGGAUGUUGUCCAUCAUUCUCAAGGUAUGGCAAUGAGGAGUUGUCUGUAUUUUAGACACAGCAGGGAGCACCUGUGUGUGCAUGUAGGGAGGGAUCUCAGGGACCACGUAAGGGAUAUACACCCAAGGUGCUGCAGGGUGCAGAGCCUGGCCAGAGCUGUGAUGUUGCUCCAAGAGAAGGUUGUAGGAGCAGGACUGUAGGAACUCAGGAGGUAUUUCUCCUAUGGUAGGUAUUGGCCACCAGUGUCCAUCUUUCCUUCACCAGCACUAAUGUCAGCCCAAACAGAUGGGGGAAGAAUUAGGGAAGGGGAAAGAAUGGAUCAAGUCUCCUCUUACACCAGGUGUCAUUAUCUUGCCGUGGCUUGUGACUUAUUUCUGAGUCACAUGUGACUCUCUGCUCCAUGCCCAGUCCCAGGAGUCUUCCUUCUUUCAGUCCUCAGCCAGAUGAGCUGGAAAAAGGACUGGUGGGGACCACGUGCAGUAGCACAUGCCUUCACAUGGCUGCUAAAAGCAGCACCUUCCUUUCCAGCACUUCCAAAGGGUAAAGGGUGCUGUAGGAACCUCCUCACUUUGGCUUCAGUGCUUCUGUGUGCCAGUAUCUGGAUCUGGUGCCAACCUGUUUCACUCCAGUCUUUCAUCAGUGUGACUCUCCAGGCACCAGUGCUACCAGUCCUGACAUAAGCCCACCUAAGAGCCAACACUGGCACUCUGACCCAUUUUUGUUUGAUGCCUCAGGGGGCCAUUUAAGGCCUGGAGUAAAGAGUGACUGGAUUUUUUUAACAUAUACUCAUUCUUGGACAGUGGAAAUACCAUGACAAGAAUAAUUCUUGGAUCAUCUUAGCUCCGGUGUGAGCCUCCCAAGGCAUUAGGGAAAAGGAAGCACUGAUAACUGUAAUAAAUAAAUACAGAUAGACUCAUAGAAUCGUUUAGGUUGGAAAAGAACUUUAAGAACAUUGAGUCCAACUAUUGACCUAGCACUGCCAAGUCCACCACUAAACCAUGUCUCUAAGAUAGGGACAGAAGUGCAGAGAUAGCUAGAUUUAUUUGGGUUUACACAGAAACUAUUCUUUCAUGCAGAAAUACAACACCCAACAAUAAUAAUUAUCAGCAGACAUCUUUCGUCAUUCCCUUACUGUACAGUGCUGCAAAUCUUCACUGGGCCUGUAUUGGACAGAGGCUGGACUGGAUGGAGAGACCCUCCUGUUCCUGUCUGUACCAUCCAGCUCCAGCAAAGCCUUUUUCCACUCCAUGACUCAGAUCCCAUGGGUUAAACGAGGGAUAGAAACCCUCUCUGAGUACUGCCAAAGCACGGCAGUUGGGCAGGGAAAGCACAUGGUGCUUGGGAGGGAAGUCUGAAUUUUGGUGGUGUGCUGUGUGGAUCCAGGGUACAGGUGGGAGCCGCCUCUCCCAUUCCAAGGACCCUGCUCUGGGCAUCCACCUAACCAGAGUCAUCAGCCACAGCUGAUGCUGAUGCACCACCCCUGCCAAAAGCACACCAUGGCUAUGCAGAGCUCUUCUGGAGCUCAGUGCCCAGGUUUUGUAGCUGGUGUCCACAGAUGUCACAUUGUUUAUCCAUCUCUGUCAACCUUGGACUUUGGCAUACUUGGCCUCCAGCAUCAGCCUGCCUCUGCUGGAGGCUCCUCCAUGAUGUGGAAAAGCAGAGAAUCUGAGGCAGAGGAAAAUCUGAGCUCAUCUUAUCUCAGAUGUGGCUGGUCUUCUCUAGCCAGUAUCUUCUUCUGUUGCUUGGAACAUUAAUGAGAAGUUGGUAAACACCAGCUGUUCUACUAAGCAGAGGUAGGUGAAGUAUGUAAACUGGGCAAUUUAGAAUAAAAAUCAUUUAUUUUCACAGUAACCUGGGUUUUUGUUCAGUGGUAAUUGGGAUCAUAAAUAUGUAUGCCAGAAGGCGUAUCGGAGGUUGAUGCCGGGAGGCUGAGCAACAGCCAAGAGUUGCUAACUGU